AAAGCUCCACAGCACCUGAGAGUACACCAACAGAUCCACAGCAGAAAGAGACUCUACAAGUGCAGUUACUGUGAGAAGCAGAGCCACACAGAUGGAUCCAGUUCUCAGCCCUGUCAUCGCUGUGGUGGUGGGAAAGUGUUUCUCUGUGACCUUUGUGGGAAAACGUUCAGUCAGCAACAGAGCCUAAAAAUACAUCAGCGUAGACACACUGGACACAAACUGAAGUACUGCAAAGAAUGUGGGAGAAGCUUCACCACAACAGGUAAAUUAAAACGCCAUGAACUCAUCCACAGUGGGGUUAAAAAACACCUCUGUGACCAGUGUGGGUCAUCCUUCAUCACUGCAGGUGACCUUAAAGUGCAUAAACGAGUUCACACAGGAGAAAAACCAUACAAGUGCCGACACUGUGACAAAAGCUUCUCACGAUCAGGUCAUCGUAACCUACAUCAAGUGAUCCACACUGGAGAGAAGCCGUUCAGCUGUGACUUGUGUGGAAAGUCUUUUACCCGGGCUGGAAGCUUAAAAAAACACCAACUCAUCCACAGUGGAGAGAAGCCGUACAGCUGUGAAUUGUGUGGAAAGUCUUUUACCCAGGCUGGAAGCUUAAAAAAACACCAACUCAUCCACACUGGAGAGAAGCCGUUCAGCUGUGACUUGUGUGGAAAGUCUUUUACCCUGGCUGGAAAUUUAAAAAGACACCAACUCAUCCACAGUGGAGAGAAGCCGUACAGCUGUGAUCAGUGUGGCAGAGCUUUUACUCAGAGUAGCUACUUAAAGAGUCAUCAAGUUACCCACUCUGGAAUUAAGGCAUACAGCUGUGACUAUUGUGGAAAAACUUUCAGUCAGCUAAGGAGCAGAAAUACACACCUACGCAUUCACACUGGACAUGAUGAGAGACCUCAUAAAUGUGACUUGUGUGAUAAGACUUUUAAAGCUCCACAGCACCUGAGAAAACACCAACAG